AACCCCUCCCCCCUUUUUUCUCUCCCCCUCCCCUUCCGUCUCCGGCCCCCCUUGCCAUCCGCCAGCCCCCUUGUCUCCUGGUGCUUGAUCUCCUUCUCGUUCCCCCCUCCCCGCCCCCCAACCAGGCACCAAAUGCUCCCCUCGUCCUUUACUCCGAUGUCUUUCCUAUCGUCUUCCCUGUUCAAGGGGCGGACCGCCCGUCUGGCAGUGGGCGUGGCAGCCGGCCUCGGCGUCUGGGCUGUGGUUCUUUCGGCCGCUGUCAACUACGGCAAGACCUGUUCCCCGCUGGUGGUGGACAUUCUUUUCAACUUGCGCACUGCCCCCGUCCUGCACCACUACCUCGGCGAGCCGAUCACCACCGGCUACUGGAUCAAUGGACCAAUCAACCACUAUAAGGGCGUCGCCGACAUCAACUUCCGUGUGUCCGGACCCAAGGACAACGGGCGCAUCUUCGUCAAUGCACGCCGCAGGAUUGGCCCGUGGUACCUGUCCGAGGUGAAGCUGGUCCUGGACAGCGACCCGGACAACCCGCUCCUCCUGCGUGUGGCGUAAGUGCGCCCCGCCGCUGUGGCCGUUAUCCACACCGCAUCAGCUGGAGGUGGUCAGGAGAGGGUGCCUCGCCGGGCAUUUCCCCACUCCACCCGACUUAGAGGGGUGGCUCGGCUUGCCGGGGCUGGCCGGCAUCCCACCCUCGCCAUCCCCUGCCCCUCCGUUUCUGGUGACAUGUGCGCGUGUGUUUGCGGGGGCGCCCACCUGCCGCUGCAUGCAUUGGCCCGGCCUUCCUUGCUUCCCUCUCUGCUCCGUUAGCCUCGUGUUCCGCGCAUGUGUGUGCCUUCGCCGACCUCCGCUCGCUCCGAACAAUACAAAAUAGUUAGAUAGA